GGCCAUCUUGGCGCCGGAGCGAUGAGCGGGUCGAACCCGAAAGCGGCGGGCGCGGGCUCGACGGCCGGGCCCCGUGGGCUGGUGGCUGGCAAGGAGGAGAAGAAGAAGGCGGGCGGCGGCGUCCUGAACCGGCUCAAGGCGCGGCGGCAGGCGCCCCACCACGCGGCCGACGACGGCAUCGGGGCAGCGGUUACGGAGCAGGAGCUGCUGGCCCUGGACGCCAUCCGGCCCGAGCACGUCCUGCGCCUCGGCCGGGUCACCGAGAAUUAUUUGUGUAAACCCGAAGACAACAUCUACAGCAUUGAUUUCACCCGCUUCAAAAUUCGAGAUUUGGAGACAGGGACAGUGCUGUUUGAGAUCGCGAAGCCCUGUGUUUCAGACCAAGAGGAGGAGGAGGAGGAGGCGGGUGGAGAUGCGGAUAUCAGUGCAGGACGCUUUGUCCGCUAUCAGUUCACACCAGCAUUUCUCCGCCUCCGGACAGUCGGCGCUACGGUGGAGUUCACCGUGGGAGACAAACCUGUGUCAAACUUCCGGAUGAUCGAACGGCACUAUUUCCGGGAGUGCUUGCUGAAAAACUUUGACUUUGAUUUCGGCUUCUGCAUCCCCAGCAGCAGGAACACUUGUGAACAUAUCUACGAGUUUCCCCAGCUUUCGGAGGAUGUCAUUCGUCUGAUGAUUGAAAAUCCCUACGAGACCCGUUCUGACAGCUUCUACUUUGUUGACAACAAGCUGAUAAUGCACAACAAGGCUGACUAUGCCUAUAACGGAGGCCAGUAACCGCCGUGGGACUGGACAGGGGAGUGCUUUGCUGCCGCCAUGGUCCUGGCACCUGGAAGUGGUUAAAGCUGCUGGAUGUCACGCACCUGGGACCUGGCCCCAGGAAGCCACGGCUGGGGGGCAGUUUCCGGUGCUUCGAGAGAGGUGCCAAGCAGUGCUGUGUUUCCUUCCCCAGUAUUUUCUCUUCCCUCUUCCCCCUGCCCUUUAGGUCAGAGGUACUAUAUAGUAAAGAUUAGGAUGAGGUUCCUCAAGUCCGGAUUAAAAAAGAAAGAUGAUUUUCAUGUAGUCAUAGCUGCCUAGUGGUUGUCCUGACGAGCCUGGGUCUCUGGCAGGGCUGUGCCCGGGCGAGGAGGCUCCGCCGCCCUGCAGGUUCGAGCCUUCUGCAGGAACUGGGUGCUGUGAGGAGCUGCGAGGUCAGCCUCUUCCGGCAUCUUCUCCUAUUUCUGGGGUUGCCAUCGGCACAGUCUGACCUCGGCCUAUGCACAGUUAUAAACCAAAUGGAAAGAAACUUGAAAGGGGGUGGAGGGGAGGAAUGGCGCCAAGAGGUGAGGCUCGAGGGCUGGUAAGGCUGCCACACCGCCAGGCCCACUGUGUGGAGAGGCCUGCUUACCUGUCUGACCUGCAAGGUCCCAGGCAGUCCUCCCGGGACCCAGCCCGGUGUCAGCUGGCAGUGCCUUCUGCCCUCAUUCUGGAGGGAGAGGAGCUUGCCUGCUGCUGGCUCCUGACCCGAGUGCCUUCUGAAACGGAACGUGGCGGUUUCGCUUUGGAAGUCCUCUCUCGCGGCAGAGCAGGCCUCAUUGUGUGUGGUUUUUUCCAGGCUUUUUGGGAGGUCGUAGGAAAUGCCAGUGGUGACGCGGUUAGACUUCUGACAGCACAGCUCAGGCUCUGGGGCUCCCCUGGCUCACGCUGAGGCUGGUGCAGUCACUGACCAGCAGCCGCUAAAGGCCGCUUUGGAUUCCUGCUCAGCAUAGCCUGGAGGACUGGCUUUGGAGGGGGAUUUGCCUCUAAAACUGCGGUCUUCUUACUUAGGGUUUUUCUGUCUGCCUUGCUGCUGCAGUUGUUUCCGGAACCAUCCGGGCAGGUCACACCUAAGGAAUGCAUAUCUGGUCCUUGGAAUCUUUUUGGGUGUGAGGCUUCUCCGCCUGUUUCACCUGUGCCAGAGGGAUGUGUUCUCAGAAAAGCUUCCUUGCACGUCCUGCUACUUCGAUCCUCAGGCCUUUAUUGGAUGGACUCCCCUCCUUCGCCCCCUGUGGUUGUCUGCCUGUGGGUGACGUUAGGUGCUUUAAGACCAGGCUGUAGCACUGAUGGGCAGGCGCUGUAGGGAGGGCCCAGGGAUGUGGUAACGGUCACUGUCAGUGACCCAGUGACUGACAGGAGAGCUGUUUCCCAAAGCGCUGGGGAGGAAGGCCGAGGGCCAGGGAAGGAAGGGCCGCGCUGGGCCACAGCAGCCCCUGUGCGUUCGUGGACCAGUGUGGCUCCGUUUGCAUUCUAGAGUGUGAGUGGUCUUGAGCCUCGGCGUGGUGCUGUGGACCAGGCCAGAGUCCAGGCUGUGCCAGAUGCUGACGCUUUCUUACCGAGAAAGCCCUGGGCUAGCCCUGUGUGCCAGCACCGGGUCCGACCAAUGAGGGAAGGGCGGUCCAGCACCCUGCAGACCGGGAAGUCUCAGCACUGGAGCGGAUACAAACCAGGUGCCUUACGUGGGCUCUGCCCCACACGCUGCUGGGGGGGCUGCCGCGCCCUGGCUCCCCCAUCCGCCCGCCGGCGGACAGCAGCCCUGCUCUUGCCCUCAUCGUGGCUCCGCUAGCACCUCGUGCCUGUCGAGCUUCAGAAGCCCCGUCUGUGACGACCCCCGAUCAGGAGGGUUCCUACCGUUUGAUGUUUCGUUCGCGUCAGGAGGUGGUUUCUGGAGUGCCCGGAGCUCUGCUCAGUAGAGGGUGCCUUGGAAACGUGUCCCAGGGCAGCCUGGGUCUUGUAUAUGAUGGGCUCUUGGCCGCGGUGUUAGCUUUGCGAGGAGGAGGGCCAGCAGGGCAGAGGGGCAGGCACUCAGGCUUGAAGCGCGGCGUCCUCCCCACUAGCUGCCUUAGUCUCCCCGGAGACCACUUUGAGGCCAAGUGCUCACCCUGCCCAGUAGGUCAGGGUUGGCCGUCCUCUGCCCGGAGUCUGGUGCUCUGUACCCGAGACUGGUUUCUUGGGUCCCCUGCUCAGGGAAUCUUGAGAAGCAUCACCACUCCGGGUGUUAACCAGGGUGAGUUUGAAGUUCAAGUUUUUGUUCCUGAAUUGGGCAGAGAAUUGGAAGUCAUACUUUCUCUGAAAGUAUCUGAACCAGUCAAAAGCGGAAUCGGGGCUGGAGGCCAACGCUAGUGAGAAACCUGGACUGUUGAUGCCGUUAUCUGUGGGUAAUACGAUGGGAGGAAAAAAGCCCUGCAGCCUGGCUGGUAGGCUCAGUGAGUAGAGCGUUGGCCCGAGGACUGAAGGGUCCCAGAUUCAGUUCCAGUCCAGGGCAUGUACCUCGGUGGCAGGCUUGAUCCCCAGCCCAGCCCUGGUCUCAGGGCGUGUGCAGGAGGCAACCAAUUGAUUAGUCUCUCACAUCGGUGUUUCUCUCUGUGUGUCUCUCCCCCUCCCUCCCACACUCUCUAAAAAUCAAUGGGGGGGAAUAUCCUUUGGAGAGGAAUUAACAACAACAAAAAGCCCCUGCGUGCUCUCUCUUCAGAGCUGGCAACGGAGGGACCGCUCCUGGAGGGAGCACCUCCCCGGGG